UAUAGUGUAUGUCUUCCACUUACACGUAGAAAGACAGAGAGAGACAAAGUGCAUUUCUCUCGCAACUUUGGGUUCCGAAGGAAAUAAAAGGCAAUCACAUCAAACAAAGAAGGAAGAACCACAAAACACACACAAACCCAUUACCAUUUCUUCUCUUCCUUCUUCUCCUUAAUUGCUUUUAAUUUACACUCUCUAAUGGGAAACUUGGACCCCACGGCCCAGGAGUUCAGGCCCAGAAACUAUACCCACGGAGCUCCACCUCCAACUCUUCUGAGGCCACCGGCAUCACCUCAUCCUCAGCCGUGGUACCCUUACUUAGGUCAUCAAGUUGGGGUUCGGUGUCCCACGUCAUCUCCUACGAGGUCGCUGAUGCUAGGCUUGGUACCCUCCGCGACGGUGGUUUCAGAAGCAUGGUUGAUGAAGGAGCUUGGAGCGUUCGGGGACGUGAGAGGGGUUCGGAUGGAAGGGGUUGGUGAGGGAAUGGUGAUUGCCAUGGUUGACUUCUAUGACCUCCGACACGCGGAGGCUGCGUUCACCGCCAUUCUGGGCCACCACAUGAACAUGCAUGACUACGCCAUGGCGGGUGGUGUGUUGUGGGCACAGUACAUGGUGCCCUCAUGUGAUGAUGGGGAUAACCAAGGGACGCUGCUGAUUUUUAAUUUGGAUUUACAUAUGGACGCUAUCGCUGUCACUAGUAUCUUCCAGCCUUUUGGUGCUGUAAAGGAGGUGAGGCAUACCCCACUGAAAAAGAACCAAAGAUUCGUAGAGUUCUUUGACAUAAGAGACGCAGCAAGGGCUUUGAAGCACAUGAAUGGCAACCACAUUCAUGGGAAACCCCUCAUUAUUGAAUUCGGACGGCCAGGAGGAGGACAGUACCGGAAAUCAAGUAUUGUUACCAAGGGUUGUUGUUAUGAUGAUAAAGAUAAUCCUAGUGAAGAAUUAGUGGGGAAUAGUGGGGGCGAAGAAGAGAGAAACAACCGGUGUGAUGAUGAGUCCAUUGUCGGAGACACGAAGCAGUCAAGUAGGCGUCAUAGGAAGGGAAAGCAUGCAAAGAAGCAGCAUCAUCAUGAUGAAACUCGCCGCUUCUUAAUCUCUGCACAUGAUGGAGACUCUAGAACAACCGUCAUGAUUAAGAACAUACCCAAUAAGUACAGCCAGAAGCUACUGUUGAGCAUGUUGGAUAACCACUGUAAUCAUUGCAAUGAGAAGAUUCGGGAAGGCGGCCGUGACCACCAGCCCUUCUCCUCCUAUGACUUCCUCUACCUUCCAAUUGAUUUCAAGAACAAGUGCAAUGUGGGAUACGGGUUUGUAAACAUGACGUCUCCAGAGGCAACAAUGAGACUCUACAAGGCCUUCCAUGGCCAACGUUGGCAAGUUUUCAAUUCAAGAAAAACUUGCGAGGUUACCUACGCCAGGGUCCAGGGAUUGGAAGCAUUGAAGGAGCAUUUCAAGAAGUCCAAGUUGGGAUACGAGAUGGAGAAUUGCCUGCCAGUGAUGUUUUCACCUCCUCGAGAUGGGAGGCAGCUGACAGAGCCACUUGCAAUAGUUGCUCAUGCUCAUCACCAAUCACUCAUUGUUAGUAGUAGUACCCAAAGUGACGGCGUUGAAGGUCAAUCAUCAUCAUAACGCUGACAUAUAUACUCACUCAAACUACUACUGUAUAAUGGAUUCCA